AUGCGCACUAAGAAGCGUAGGAGGGGGCGGGGCGGCGGACUCCUCGGUGGCUCGCGGCCUUUCCCGUACCCAGCUCGCCCCGGCGCGGCGCGCCCAGUGACGUGUAAAGGAAGCGACUCUCGCCUAGGCCCCGGCGAUAAUCGACGGAGCGCCGGGUCCACCGGCCCAACGGCCAUGGCCUCCGUCGGAGUGGUCUCCGGGCGACCGGCGGAGGAGACGCUGCCGCAACCGCAGGAGCCGCCGUUGCAGGAGCAGAAGCCCCUGCCGGCUCCCCAGCCUCCGCCGCAGGCGCAGCAGCAACCAUCGCAGCCGCAGCCUCCGGCGUCGGUUACUCUUCAGCCCCCUCCGCUCCCGGGCCUCAAGGAGGAGGAGACCUACUCUUUCCUGCCUUUGGUCCAUGACGUCAUCAAAUGUAUGGACAAAGACAGUGUUGACAUGCACCAGGAGUUGACUGCUCUCAAGACCAAGUUCCAGGAGAUGCGAAAGGUGAUUAGCACUAUGCCGGGUAUCAAUUCGAGUCCAGAACAGCAACAGCAGCAGCUGCAGAGUCUGCGGGAGCAAGUCAGAACCAAAAAUGAACUUUUGCAAAAAUAUAAGAGUCUCUGUAUGUUUGAAAUCCCCAAAGAAUAAAGCAGGCAUGUUACAGUGACAAAAGUGACAAAAACUGGACCAGAGAAGCCAAGAUUACAUUUUCUUCUUCCCUCCCCUGCCCCUUUGUGUGGUUCUGUAUGGAACCCAUCGACUCAUUCUCCAGAGCAGCUCUUUUCAUACUUCUUUGUUGGCUGUGCUCAGUGGUUAGGUCACUGUGGCUGGUUGGAGGCAUGCAUACAAGCAUUUUCUGGUGUGAAUUAAAGGCCUACUAGUGGAAGUGAGUGGUAUACUUUCAUGGGGGCUGAAACUAUAUGGCUGCCUCCUGGGAAGUAACCAUCUGUCACAUUUUCUGGUUCUGACAGAAGUACUGGAGGACACAGUGGGAAAGAGGGCAUUCUUUACUUUCUCCUUCCAUCCCACACUCCCUUCUCCUUGGUUGUGUUCAGUGUGUACGAGGUACAUACUGUUCCUAUUUAUGGAAGUUUCAUGAAACUUUCACAUAGAAUUAAUUGGCCAAAUUACUCUUCAUGCUGCUUGGGUUUAAUGUGAUUAAUGGGUGGCUCUGUGAGAAUGAAUAUAAUUUUGAAUGCAUGGAGGCACCACAGAGAGGAUUUUUUUUGUUCAUAGCAGUGUCAGAGCCCUAAAUAGCUUGUUUUCUUUCUGUUUGAGCCAGUAAAGAUAGCAGUGUCAGUGGGGGUGUCAGUCAGUGAACCUAUGAGGCAGUUACUGAAGCCCUCAUGUCGUCCAGGUCUUGCUAUGCCUACACAUUCUUGCUACUCAGUUAGAUUGUCCCCUGCUGUCUUCAAUUAGCACAUUUGGCCACACUUUUAGUGCCAGAGUAAACAAUUUGCCAGGAUGGCCAAAUCAGCUCUAAUUAUCCUUUGGGAUGGAGAGAGCAG